AUGGGACGAGUGGUUGUGGUGAUGGUGAUGGUGAUGGCGGUGAUUGUGGUGAUGGUGAUGGUGAUGGUUGUGGUGAUGGUGAUGGCGGUGGGUACAUCAAAACUGGUUAAAGACUAUUUGAAGGAAGAAUAUCUGGGUAAACUCGAGACGCCUACAGCAAGUGAAUUAGUAGAACACGUCAAAAGCAAGUAUGGACUUACUGUGUCAUAUUUGAUGGCAUUAAGAGGCAAGCAUAGUGCAGAAAGUGAGAUUCGUGGUGACCCUUGUGACCAUUACAGUAGACUUCCAAAGUGGUUGCACAUGUUGAUCAAAAGAAAUCUGGGGACGCAUGCGAGUCUUAGCUUGGACGAUGAUGGCAGAUUUAAAUAUGUCUUUAUCGCUUUGAGUGCAGCUAUAAAAGGAUUGAAAUAUUUGCGUAAAGUCGUUGCCAUUGACGCAACGUUUCUAACAGGGCCGUACAAGGGUGCAUUGGUUGUUGCAACUGCACAAGAUGGUGAUCAUCACCAAUAUCCUUUGGCUUGGGUCAAGGUUAAUAAAGGCAUGGGAAGAAAGAGUAAUAGAGGUGAAUCUGUCGCUUCACUAUUCUACAAAUGCGCAGAAGCUUAUACGCUCAACGAGUUUGAAGAGCGGUUUAAUGAUUUGAAAGUCAGGUUUCCCAAGUUUGCGGAGUAUAUGCAGAAAGAAGAACUUGAUCCCGAGAAAUGGGCAAGGGCAAAAUUUACACGUCAAAGGUAUAAUCUAUUGACUACAAAUGGGGCCGAAUCGAUUAACUCCGUAUUGAAGAAGGCAAAAAGGUUUCCGUUGCUUGGGUUGCUUGAUAUUUGUCUUGGAAAGACCGUGGAAUGGUUCAAUAGGCAUAGAAUGGAAGCAGGUUCAACUGAUGACUCUCAUAAGCUGACACCGUUCAUUGAUAAAGUGCUUCAUGAGCGGUACGAGAUAGCAUGUACAUAUGAGGUAAUUGUGCUUAACAGUUUUACGGACGAGUUUGAGUCACGCAGUCGCAGCAGUCCACAAGACUGGCAGAGGCAAUAUUAUACCGGACUUAUGCUCUCCAUGCUUUCUCCGGGAGACAUGGCGGUUGGCUUAUCAAGAAACGGUUUAUUCGGUUCCUGA